AUGCACUUGCCAUCGCUGUUGUGCGUCGGUCUUGUCCUAGUGUCCACCGUUUCGUCCGAUCGUACCGAGCUGCUGCCGGCCAAUCAUUCCACCCAAUCGCUUUCCCGGCAAGAGCGAAAGGUGCUUCUGUUUCCCAUUCUAACAACACUGCAGUCCGAUCUUUCAUCUCCGCUCGAUCGCUUGCACACACACCCACACACACAGGUCAGCAUCUGUACUGCCACCGAUGGGCGGCUGUAUGCGCCGAAGGCAAAGUAUCCCGCCCGCAAGCUCGGCAUCAACCUGGGCUUUCAGCAAAACUUUAACCUCCCGUUCCGGUUGCUCGAGUUCUACAAACCGCCCACCUGGGCGCGGGCGAUCGCCGGCAUCAUACGGGGCCAGUUCCCGUCCACCUCGGUCGUGACCGCGCGCAGCUGGAAGCGCUCCACCGACCACCAGUCGCUGAUGCUCAGCGCCGGCCAGCUGUACCGGCACGUGGAAGACUUGCUGCACGUGUUCGGGUACGGGCGGGACUGUCUGCUGAAAAGUGUGUGCGAGCUGGCGCACAGCCCGUUCGAUCGGUGCGACCCGCCGGAGCAGGACGUGAUGACCGAGGUCGUCCAUUUGCUGUUGAGCCCGUCCGUUCACGAAUCGUUCGGCGAGGACGAGCUGGAGCAGAAGCGUGCGUACGAGAUGGCGGAAAGGCUCGGUGCGAGCGGGGCCAACUGUGAUCUGAUCUACGACCGGUGCCACCGGUCCGUGUUGAGUGACUUUUCCAAUCUAGUGGGCGAUGAUCGUAGCUGA